AAUGAAAGCGGCACGUUUUGUUUUGGCGCUUAUUGCAACAGCUACUCGUUGGGAUGCUUGUGAUACCACUGAAAAGCAGAAGCUUCUUCAGUUUCAUAUUCAAAGUCUCGAAGAUGAAAUUGAAGACUUGAAGUCUGACGAAUUUUCUCUUUGUUUGAGGCUUUUGUCGCAGGUAUUUCAGGACUCGCUGCCUGACUGUCUCAGCCGAAACGAGUUUCUGUCGAAUGGCGUCAACGGAGGAAAUGUACAGUCCUUUGAUUCAAAGGAAGAACUCCUGUUAGAAAAUGUAAAGCUAUUAGUUGCUUUUAUGAAAGAGCGAAGCUGUCAAGAGUAUCUGCAAAAUCUAGAAAGUUCUCAUGAGAAUUUUCCAGUCCUAGCACACCUUGUUUUGUUGCUUUUGAAUCUAAUUACAACAAGCAAACUAGAAUAUUCGCUUCGAGUUUCUGCGUGCUCCUGUUUGGGUUGGUCCUUUUGUCCGUAUUUUUCAGUUUCCGUGGCAACUUGUGUACUUCCUGGUCUUGUAUCAAAGCUAAGCAAACUAGCUUCAGAAAGCUUUUACGAGCAUCAUCUUAUCGUUACGCAUGUAUUAGACGUUCUAAGAAUCUUUGUUGCGAAAUGUUUUCCUGUAAGUUCUGAGGAUAGAUAUGCGCAUUCUGAGUCAAAACUGAGCGAUAAAAGCAGUGCAAGUUGUACAUUUCUUUCCGUUUUUAAGAGACAGAAGGAAAUCGUGUCUGAUAAUACUUUAAAACAGCCCUCGAGAGGUGCGUGCACUAAUGAGAAUUCUUUACAAUUAGAAAAAACAAUUUCUUGCUUGCAUUUUAUGCUCUGUCAUAAGAGCGGUCCAGUUUUCCAUCCUCAUCUGGAAGUUCGUAGGAGAACGGUGCAGUUCCUCCUGGACAUUCUUCUACAUUCCCAAAUAGGUACCGCCAAGAAUCUUAGGAUAUUCAUGCAUAGUCUGUGUUACCUUUGCUGUGAUUUUGACACAGAAACGAGGGUUUUGUCACUUGAAACACUCAAGGUGUUUCAAGAGAGUGUUUCAAAUUAUAAUCUAAAUCGCUACAAGGAAGAGGAAAUUUCGAGCGUCGUUGAACGUGCGAUCUCGUCCAAGAGCUUCGAUGACGUUGAAGAUGACGAUUUUAUUACAUUCUUCAAUGUCGCGGAAUUCCUCAUUGACUCAUGGAUUACACCGACUUGUUUGAGAAAAACUGAAGACUUGGUCAGUUUCUUCAUUCGAAGUGGAGAAAGGUUCAUCAGAGAUUUAUUGAAUCGUAUUUCUUCUGAUGAAUCCAUCCGUAUCUUCACAGCUUUCAAAAAUAUAACGGACCAUCCUUUUGAGGCAGAUAAUUUUAUUUUGCGACGAUAUUUCGCAUGCAUAUAUAGCAUGGGUGAAAAGGGUGCUUUGGAUUGGUUCUUUCCAUUAGUGCUUAGAAACUCGGAAACUGAAGAGGAUGACAAAGUAAAGAUUGUUUCUGCGGUCAUUUGCUGUCAGAUGUUCUUAGGUGCUAUGAAGAGCAAUAUCCUGGAAGAAUCUUGUUGGAGAUACUUUUUCCCUGAAAUGAUACACUUUUUGAAUGGCUUAAUGCGGAGACCUUCAGCGUUGCAAGAUGCUGAGUGUUCUGAUGUCGUUUUUUCCAAGUCCGUGAUUUCUGAAAACCUCGUUUUAUUACUGUUAUUUUUUACAGAAAGAGUUAUUGAACCCAAUGUAGCUUUAUUUCGUGAUUAUUUAUUGAAGUCUUUAAUAAGCUUUGUAAGUCUGAUGGGUCAUCGAAACGCGAACAUUGCGGGCGAGGCUAGGCGAAUUCUGAGUAGAAUUGUUUCUGAUUUUGGUUACGAUGACGUUGUGUCUGUUCUUCGAAAAUAUCUAAACUAUUUGGUCGAUAUUAUUUGCGAUAAAUUUAUACGUGAUGGCGAGUUUUAUCCAGCACUGCAUGUCUUGCUGAAUACGGAUGAGAAAUUGACAAAAGACUGCGUUAUACUUGCUGCCAAAGAAUUGAUUAUGCUCUUAGAAACCAUUCCUUAUUUUGACAGUUUUGAAACAACUCGUUUCAUGAAGCUGGUAGACUGCACGAUGAAGAGAUGCGCACCUGCAGAACACGUGCCCAUAUCAAAAAGUUUUCCUUAUAGACGCCCAACUCGGGAACCGGGUUUAUAUUCUGACCCGUUUCUACUGCGUGAAAAACUGGAGUCUCUACGACUUUCGAUGACCAGAGAAACAGAAAUGAACAAUGAUGACUAUGGUCCUGAUUCGUUGGAUGAGGAGAAACAGUAUUUUGAGAGUCCUUUGUUGGCAUCAGAAACAUUGGGCAAAAAUGAAACAACGGAAAGCGAAAUGUCGAUUGAGGACUCCAUUGUUUCAGACUUGGCGGAAAAAACAAUCCGAUGUUGUAUCGAACUCUUACCCUCAAAUGAGAUUCCCGAGAAGAUUUUAUAUUUGAAAACCAUUGCGAGCUCGCUGGAUGUUUUGGCGAUGAGUUCUAAGAGGUUGUUACCGAUAAUAUCACCAGUUUUAAAUGCUGUAAAUAACGAAUUGGCUUCUUGGAACGUUACCGUCGGUUCUGCAAAUGCAAGAAGAUCUUUCGAUAAUGGACAAGGAGACUCGUUUGUCUAUGUGCUUUUAAAGUCAGAAGAUUCUCUAUCUCUCGAGCAACAGAAUAACAAGCAGAUACCAAAUAUCUCGUUAUUAGAUAGCUUAUGUGAGGUUAUUGUUCAAAUUAUUCGUUAUACGGGCGACUUUGCGAAAACAACUAUUUCCAGGGUCGCCUUGCCCAAGUUGGUUCAUAUUCUCAAGUCUUUGGUUGCACAAGAUUCAUUCAAGUUUUGGGAAUCGACUCUUUACAGUGGUUAUGCUUUGUCCAGCUUUCGAUGUUUUGAGCUAAUUACGGCACUGGAAGUAACUCUGGUUGGUGGGUUUAUUGAAGACCUUGUGGAAGUACUGGUACCUAUAAUUUCUCUGUAUACUUGCAAAACGCGGCAAAACCUCCUCCAAGGAAGCAAAUUGGAACAGCGCUAUGAGGAGAAGUUAAAUGUCCUUUAUAAGUUAUCCACGCAAAUAUUGAAAAAUCUGGCAGUGACCGAUCCAUCAACAACCUGGUACUGUAUCUAUAGGAAACUUCGAAAAUGAUAUCACUUGUGACACUUUUGAACCGAGAAAAAGGUUAGGCACUUUCAGUAGAUUCGUUCACACUCCGAAACGGGGAGUUUGCACUUAUGUUAGAUAAAGCUUCCGAGUUGUCU